AAUUUGGAUAAAUAUUAGUUAAACAACAGAAUUUUACGGAGACGGAAGUGCCGAUAAUAUAGAUAAGGUCGCCUAUGUUAAGGUGUUUCCUCGAGACGUCACAGUCACUAGAAUGUUUCUCGUGCGCACGUGCCACCAAUGUCACAGAUUGUCACGUGGUCAUAACGUGCUCGACAGAAAAGAGUUGUUACACGAGUGUUGAAAACAGCGGAGGAUCGUUGUUGUAUUCCAUGGGCUGCAAAGAAAGCUCUCAAUGUCCCAGUCCUCAGACGAUCAUUGGUCGAGACACUGAUCACGUGACAGGAUAUGACGCAAUGAACAAGCGGGCAUCGACCAAUCAGAAUAUCUGUAACGAAUGCUGCGAAGCCAACUACUGCAAUCGGCACGCUUGCGAAAACGCGAACGUAAUAACAACGACAACACCCCAACAGCCCACCACUUUAGAUCUUCCAGAGCACUGUGAAAACAACCCUGAAUAUAACUGUGAACUAAUUGGCGCCACCUUUGAUAUCUGUAAAGAUGUGGCGCAUGCCAAAACCGUGUGUAAACGAUACUGUGGGCUGUGUUUUCUUGUUGAUGGUGCAUGGUCGGAAUGGAGCGAAUGGUCGCAGUGCGAACAGACCUGUGGGCAAAGUAGGCAAGUACGAAUCAGAACAUGCACGAACCCGCCACCCCAACAAGGCGGUGCGGACUGUAUCGGGGACAAACAUGACUUCAGGACGUGUGUAGGACAACCUUGUCCAGUGGCGGGUGAUUGGUCCACGUGGUCCACGUGGGCGUCAUGUAGCGCGUCCUGUGGUAUUGGACUGACAACCAGGACACGUGACUGUAACAAACCGUAUCCGACCUAUGGAGGAGAUCAUUGUUUUGGCAAUAGCGUGGAAUAUCAGAUUUGUCAAAGACCAGGAUGUGUAGACGGAGGUUGGACAGCGUGGAGUGGUUGGGGCGCGUGCUCUCUCACGUGCAAUGGUGGACUGAGGUCAAGAAAUAGGACGUGCGACAACCCUCCGGCUUCGUUGCUGGGAAAGCCGUGCAAAGGAGAUAACCGCGAAUACGAGUCCUGUGGGGCGACAACAUGUCAGGGUCCUUCAGGGAAUAAUCAGAAGAUAUUUUUCGCCGUCAACACGCCAGACGGGAGCAUGAUCUUAGGCCACUACCCGGUAUUUACUAAGGUCAUGGUCAAUGAUGGACAUGCCUACCAUCCUGCCAGAGGUCAGUUCGUAGCGCCGGUCUCCGGGGUUUACGAAUUCUUCGUUACAUUCAUCAGUUCCAACUCAACCAGUCAAUGUUUCAUUCGACGAAACAGCGACAUUGUCGUCUUUGCGUUGACGUCAGGUGACGACGGCAACUGGAAAUCGGCGUCAGCUUCGACGUACGUUCAUCUGAACGUGAGUGACGUUGUGGACUUGUCGUGUGGAGGAUGGCAGUACGUGGAUCAUAAUGCUUCUGCUAUGUUCUCUGGUGCAUUGUUACAAAGAGAUUGA